AUGCUCGGGCACAGCCGCAACGGGCAGGCCCACGUGCCCCGGCGGAAACGCCGCAACCGCUUCGUCAAGAAGAACGGCCAAUGCAACGUCUACUUCGCCAACCUGAGCAACAAGUCGCAGCGCUACAUGGCGGACAUCUUCACCACCUGCGUGGACACGCGCUGGCGCUACAUGCUCAUGAUCUUCUCCGCGGCCUUCCUCGUCUCCUGGCUCUUCUUUGGCCUCCUGUUCUGGUGCAUCGCGUUCUUCCACGGUGACCUGGAGGCCAGCCCAGUGGUGGCCACGGCGGGGGCCCCCGUGGGCAGCGGCGGGGCGGCCCCAGUGACCCCCAAGCCAUGCAUCAUGCACGUGAACGGCUUCCUGGGCGCCUUCCUGUUCUCGGUGGAGACGCAGACGACCAUCGGCUACGGGUUCCGGUGCGUGACGGAGGAGUGCCCGCUGGCGGUCAUUGCCGUGGUCGUCCAGUCCAUCGUGGGCUGCGUCAUUGACUCCUUCAUGAUCGGCACCAUCAUGGCCAAGAUGGCCAGGCCCAAGAAGCGGGCGCAGACACUGCUGUUCAGCCACCACGCGGUCAUCUCGGUGCGUGACGGCAAGCUCUGCCUGAUGUGGCGCGUGGGCAACCUGCGCAAGAGCCACAUCGUGGAGGCCCACGUGCGGGCCCAGCUCAUUAAGCCCUACAUGACCCAGGAGGGCGAGUACCUGCCGCUGGACCAGCGGGACCUCAACGUGGGCUAUGACAUUGGCCUGGACCGCAUCUUCCUGGUGUCGCCCAUCAUCAUCGUCCACGAGAUAGAUGAGGACAGCCCCCUGUACGGCAUGGGCAAGGAGGAGCUGGAGUCCGAGGACUUUGAGAUCGUGGUCAUCCUCGAGGGCAUGGUGGAGGCCACAGCCAUGACCACCCAGGCCCGCAGCUCCUACCUGGCCAGCGAGAUCUUGUGGGGCCACCGCUUCGAGCCCGUGGUCUUCGAGGAGAAGAGCCACUACAAGGUGGACUACUCGCGCUUCCACAAGACCUACGAGGUGGCCGGCACGCCCUGCUGCUCCGCCCGGGAGCUGCAGGAGAGCAAGAUCACGGUGCUGCCCGCCCCGCCCCCCCCGCCCAGUGCCUUCUGCUACGAGAACGAGCUGGCCCUGCUGAGCCAGGAGGAGGAGGAGCUGGAGGAGGAGGCGGCCGCGGCGGCCGUGGCCGCAGGCCUGGGCCUGGAGGCAGGCUCCAAGGAGGAGGCGGGCAUCAUCCGGAUGCUCGAGUUCGGCAGCCACCUGGACCUGGAGCGCAUGCAGGCCACCCUCCCGCUGGACAACAUCUCCUACCGUAGGGAGUCGGCCAUCUGA